AUGGUAGACUCGGUUUGCUUCGAUCCCUUGUCCAGUGAGAGGUGGCGAGAUAUUCGUCGUCUUCCACACCAUCCGGGUCAUUCUAAGGUUGGAAUAUUUGAUUCAUGGCUACCAUACGGCAGUACACAUACACAGUGCACAGAGGCGUACUUGUUGGUGCAGGUGGAUUGGUAUGUGAACUGCAGAAGAAAAUUUAGUAAGUUGGCAUUAAUGCACUUCGUCUUUCCUACCAUUGGUUGCAGUGCACUUAAUCAUCUAAGUUUUGCAUGUUUUGGACCCUUUUUGGUUCUCGAAACGUGGACUUUAUUUAUAUGGACACCGUCGAUGUCACUUAUCUCAACAGACAGUUUCAUUUUCGGUAUGUUUUCAAAAGUUUGUUGGGCAUUUAAUUCAUUGACAACCGCACAGGUUUUAAGAUAA